CCAUCACCACCACCACCACCAUCAUCACCGUCACCACCACCACCGUCACCACCACCACCAUCACCACCAUCACCAUCACCACCACCAUCACCACCACCACCACCACCACCACCACCACCACCAUCACCACCACCAUCACCACCAUCACCACCACCACCACCACCACCACCAUCACCACCACCACCACCACCACCAUCACCACCACCACCAUCACCACCACCAUCACCACCACCACCAUCACUACCACCACCACCACCACCAUCACCAACACCAUCACCACCAUCACCACCACCAUCACCAUCACCACCACCACCACCAUCACCACCACCACCAUCACCACCAUCACCACCACCAUCACCACCACCACCGUCACCACCACCACCACCACCACCACCACCACCGUCACCACCACCACCGUCACCACCAUCACCACCACCACCACCACCAUCACCACCGUCACCACCACCACCACCACCACCACCACCACCACCAUCACCACCACCAUCACCACCACCAUCACCACCAUCACCACCACCAUCACCACCACCACCACCACCACCACCACCAUCACCACCACCACCACCACCACCACCACCACCACCGUCACCACCACCACCAUCACCACCACCACCACCACCACCACCACCACCACCACCACCACCAUCACCACCAUCACCACCACCAUCACCACCAUCACCACCACCACCACCACCAUCACCACCACCACCACCACCACCAUCACCACCACCAUCACCACCAUCACCACCACCAUCACCACCACCACCACCAUCACCACCACCACCACCACCAUCACCACCGUCACCACCACCACCACCACCAUCACCACCGUCACCACCACCACCACUGUCACCACCACCACCACCACUGUCACCACCACGACCACCGUCACCACCACCACCACCACCACCACCGUCACCACCACCACCACCACCACCACCAUCACCACCACCACCACCACCACCGUCACCACCACCAUCACCACCACCAUCACCACCAUCACCACCACCACCACCACCACCACCACCACCA